GACAACAGUUGAAGAUGUGCAUUAAAACCUCUUUAUUACUACUUCUGUCUCUGUUGUUCUGUGCUGCAGUCUCCGAAGGAACGCAGGACUUUGCUGUGAACGUCAACAAUGACGGCACCUACAACGUCGUUGUGAAGGGAGAUGUGUGGCUGAAGAGCGCUCCUACCUUCUUCAGAGCUGAUGGUCAAGUGUUCUCCUCUGCUGAUCUAUCUCUGAAGCUGGUCAAGAUUACUCAGUCCAGUGGUGUGGACGUCAUCGGGCAGUGGGAGGCCAACAGCUUCUUGUACCAGGCAGGGUCCAGUCAGAUCGAGGCCAGCUUUGUACAGUACACACCAGAUCCAAGCAUAUUCACCUACAACAAUCCGGCUGUACCGUUCAUAUUGUUCAAACAGCGUUACAUCAAUGGAGCAAACAACACCGCCUCCAACAAGACUGACUUCACCAUUUCUGGCUUUCCUGGAUUUCUAAUUCAAGAUUCAUCCAUUCCGCUGGGAUACCUUAGUUAUGGAGGAUCUCAGGGUGGUAGCAUUGGUCUCAAUGUUGGGCAAUGGGGACCAUCAUCGUUUGAAAUCGACGAUGGGAUUGAAGGUGGACCCCUGACGUUAUUUGAUCGCGUUAAGACUGCAAAUACACUGAUUAUCUCCCCUGCCAGUCGAUUUAUGUCGUCAUCAAUAUGGCGUCAGAGGUCCAGCACCGGCGGGGACAAUGUCUAUUGGGGGACGAUGGGAGGAGUUGAAGAUGUCCCUGUUGGCGUUGAAACUAGUUUUAUUCUUUUCUGUGGUAACCAAGGCAUUAACAAGGCCUCUGUAAGCUGGGGUCAGAUCUUACAGCGGUGGCAUGGCCGUACAGAUCAAUAUAUGAAGUCCGACUUUACCAUAAACUACUUAGGGUACUGGACGGACAAUGGUGCGUAUUACUACUACCGGACGGAGAAAGGAAAGAACCACCAGGACACAAUGUUGGAUAUCAAGAGCUACAUGGGGCAGAUAGGGGUACCCGUCAGGUACAUUCAGUAUGACGCAUGGUGGUACUACUGGGACAAUGAUCAUGGUGUUGUGACGUGGUCGGCGCAGCCCAAAAUCUUUCCAAAUGGAAUGCAGUGGCUUUAUAACAAGACACAGUAUCCCGUCGUGGCCCACAGCAUGUACUGGUCCAGCAAUACAACCUACGCAACUGCAAAUGGAGGAAAGUAUGAAUUCGUCAUCGAUGGUCCAAAGGCAUUGCCACUGGAAGAGAGAUUCUGGACUGAUUUGCUCGCCGAUGCAAGAAAAUGGGGUCUGUUUGUUUACGAACAGGAUUAUCUUCGUAAUGAAUUUGAAGGGAUCAAUAAGCUUCUGACUGACAUUGACCUUGGCCGCCAAUGGUUGACUCAGAUGGGCAAUGGAGCUGCCAAGAACGGACUGACCAUCCAGUACUGCAUGUCAUUCCCACGACAUUUGCUACAGUCUCUGGAAAUACCUGUUGUCACACAGUCUCGGGUAAGCCAUGACAACCGACCGAACACGGACAACUGGAAGAUAGGCGUUUCAUCGAUAUUUGCUUUGUCUCUGGGCGUUGUUCCCUACAAGGAUAAUUUUUGGACAACCAGCGUUCAACCCGGAAAUCGCUACAAUUUAUCGGAACCCCACACAUCACUUAAUGCUGUGGUUGCAACGUUAAGUACAGGCCCAGUGGGGAUUAGUGACAUGAUUGGAGGCACGAACAAGACACUCAUCAUGAAAUCUGUAAAUGCUGACGGCCUGAUCUUAAAACCAUCUCGACCGGCGACUGCAAUUGACAACAGAAUACGGAGGAUGGCCUGGUCAGACUUUGAGGGUCCUGAUGGGGAGGUAUGGUCCACGUAUUCAGAUUUUGGUGGAAAGAACAAGUACGGUAUCAUCCUCGCUGCUGAUCUUCAGGGAAGCUACAACAUGACACCUUGCAUGGCUGGAUAUCAAGGGUUUCCCAGUUCCAUGGUCUUCCCAGCCAAGGAUUCCAACAAGAUCCAGCCCUUGACAGACCCCCAGCCUUUGACAAUGAGUGGUUGUACCAUGACUGACUUCUGUCUCUUCUAUGUAUCACCGGUACUGACCGUCAAUGGCAAACAAGUUCUCAUCCAGGGUGAGUUAGACAAGUGGGUGCCCAUGUCACCCCAGAGAGUCACGGAUAUCAACAUUGCCGACGACAUCACCAUCAACCUCACUGGAGCAGCCCACGAAACUGUCUCCUUUUGGUUCAACGUGGAUGGUAAAUCCUCACCUGUGACCUGUACCCUCGGAGCAGCAGGACUGGCCACCCUCAGUUUCACAGCAGGCACAUGUCGCGGUGUAUAAAAACAUAUACAUGCAUGCCUAUUUUAAAUACAUACUUUAAAUGUUUAGCUUCAUAUUGAAUAAACGCUAUUCAUAUCGCUAACGCGCAAAUGCGCAAAUCCGGUCAUUCAUUUCACCAACGUAUUUCCUUUCUUUUGAAUGAAAGUCCAGCUAUUUAUCCUGUGAUUUAUAAUGAAUAUGUGUACAGGCCUCUGUUAAUAACUGCUCAAAUACAUACUUUAAACGUUUAGCUUCAUAUUGAAUAAACGCUAGUCAUAUUGCUAACGCGCAAAUGCGCAAAUCCGGUCAUUCAUUUCACCAACGUAUUUCCUUUCUUUUGAAUGAAAGUCCAGCUAUUUAUCCUGUGAUUUAUAAUGAAUAUGUGUACAGGCCUCUGUUAAUAACUGCUCCUGUCCAGUAUUUUCCAUUUCAUAAUGAUGUUGUUGCUUCUUGAAAAAAAGUAAACAAAGGAUAUUUGAA